AUGGCACGUGUACAACACAACAACGAAAAACGAUGUUGUUUCUUAUGCAUCUUUUCAUGCUUUAUCAUUGGAUACAGCUUGUUAACUACUAAAUUUAUUUUUAAACAUACACAAUUAUCGAUAUGUUUGCCUAAAAAUCCAGAUAAUGAAAUUUUUGAUCGCCAAGAUGAAUGGCAAUAUCAAAAUAGUAUUACUGGUGAAUGGUAUCAUUGGAGAACAACAUCUAAUAAACAAAAUAAUAGUGUCGAAUGGCGUAUUAAAUGGUUAAAUAUUGCUCCAACAUCAUAUCUUGGUGUUAUUGUCUAUUUAACUACAACGGGUGAACUCAAUCCCCUUAACACAUCACUUACUCAGUUAUCUCGUUUAUUAUCAAACAAUCCUCGACCUGUUGUUAUUUUUCAUGAAGGUGAUUUUGAUGCUGAUGAUCUACAAAAAUCUUUAGCUAAGACAUUAGGUGAUCGUAAUCCAUUAGGUUUUGAACGUAUCCGAUUUUCUAAUCAUGUAAUUCGACCUCAGCCCAUUGGUAAUCAUCUAUGGUCACUUAAGUAUCCUGAUAUGUGUCGAUUUUUUACUCUGAUGCUUCCAAAUCAUCCAUUAUUAACAUUAUUCACAUACUAUUGGAGACUUGAUGCACAUUCUUAUAUAUUUGGACCAAAACCUAUCGAAGAUCCAUUUGAAAUUAUGCAAAAACGACAAAUUCAAUAUGCUUUUGUUAUGGCUAAUGAAGAAGCCGAUCAUUAUGCUACUGGAUUAUGGUCACUUUUCCAUGAAUUUCUUCAUGAUCAUUGUUUGAAACCUUCAAAAGCUUUUCAUCAAACACAAACCGGUUGGCUUGGUGGCUAUUCACUUGCGAUUAUUUUUACAAAUUUUGCUAUUGCUAAUGUUUCUCUUUUUCGUGAUCAUUCAUUGAUACGAGCUUGGCUUCAUACAGUUGAUCGUAAUGGUGGUAUAUAUCGUUAUCGAUGGGGUGAUGCACCAAUUCAUACAUUAGUUCUAACUCAAUUACUUGCGAAAGAUCAUAUUGCACGUCUUAGAUAUUUUGGAUAUGUACAUAGGAGUGAAUUUACCUGUGCUGAUGGUAUAGAAAAAGAUUUAUGUAAAGCACAAGUAAAACCGUUUUUACCAUAUUGGGGCAUGCAAUAUCAGUAUUCUGAAGAUGGAUGUCUUUCAUCUUUGCGAAAGUCGUUAUGUCACUAUUAUCCAGAAAUUAAAUUAUGA